AUGACUGUUGAAGACAUUGAUGUGGUUAAAGUGACUAAGAAUGAUAAUUCUACUAAAGUACUUCCACUUGAAACUGAGGAUGGUUGUUUGGAGACAUCAGCUGACUUAAUACUAUACCCUGGGGGCUUGACUGUGCCGACUAUAGAGAUAUCAAUCGGAGAAAAUGUCUCGGAUAAACAGACUACAUGUUUACAAGAUACUUCAACCGUAGAAAAUGUCUCGGAUAAACAGACCACAUGUUUACAAGAUACUUCAACCGGAGAAAAUGUCUCGGAUAAAGAGACCAUAUGCUUGAAAGAUACAUUAACCGGGGGAAAUGUCUCGGAUAAACAGACCACGUGUUUACAAGAUACAUCGACCCGAGAAAAUAUCUCGGAUAAAGAGACCACAUGCUUGAAAGAUACAUCAACAUUGGAAAAUAUCUCGGAUAAAGAGACCAUAUGCUUGAAAGAUACAUCAACCGGGGAAAAUAUCUCGGAUAAAGAGACCAUAUGCUUGAAAGAUACAUCAACCGGGGAAAAUGUCUCCGAUAAACAGAUGAAAUCAUUACAAACUGAAGAGACAAGUUUUAAGAGAACUGCAGUUGUUAGACUUGAAAACAAUUUACCAGAAAGCGAUUCAACGCAACGAGGAUUGGUUAAUGUUGAUAUCAUGCCGAGUUCUGAAAAAACGCUGAGUUCAAUGCAGACAAUUGACUCGUCUGUUGAUCACUCCAGUUCAAAAACUGAUGUCAGUAGUUUUCAGCACUCUACUUCGAGCAAUGAUGUCAGCGGUUGUCAGCUUUUUGAAUGCAUUCGUAGCAGUAAUAGAAAACGUAAAGCUCCCCCACCUCGUGACAUAUCUUUGCAUCCUCCUGGCUGGGUCAGGGGAGCACUACAGUUGUUACACAAAGUAUCGCGGUAUCGCGGGAGCCCACGAUCAAAAAAUGCCAGAAGUGCUGCAUCGUGGUUUUUAAAGCCUGUUGUUCCAGCUGAAGCGCCCGGUUAUUUUAAACUGAUUAAAACUCCCAUGGACUUUGGAACAAUCAAGACAAAGUUAGAGACUGGUGAGUAUAAUGAUCCUUCAGAUUUUCAUAAAGACAUGUUGUUAGUCAAGUCAAAUUGCUGCAAAUACAAUCCCACUGGACAUAUUGUUAGAAAGGACUGUGAUGAAGUUUUUCAAUUUUACGAAAGCGAAUAUGAAAAAUUCAUGGAGAAAGUUGAUAAGAUGAAUAUUUGCACUCCAAAGAAGCAAAAACAAUCUUCUUCAUCAGUAUGAUAGUAGUGUUGUGAAUCUAGCUUCAUGAUGUUCUUGUCUUAAAGAUAGUAGAGUUAAAGAUCUCGUUGCUACAUAGAAAAAUCAAUGGACACUGACUAUGUAAAAUUUCGAUGAAGCUUUUUUAUUAGGAAACGAUAACCCUAUGUCAAGAUUUUAUAAAUUAUUGACAACAUUUGAAACAUAAACAUAAGCAUAAUACAAAAAAAUAGUCAUAAAAUGUACAAAGCGUCAAUUUAAGAUGUAUAUAUAAGUUUUGUGAUAAGUAAUCAAUAUCAUUUUCUUUUGGUCA